AAAAAGAAAAACAGUUUUUCUUGGUCGCUUUUGACAACAACAACCUGCACCCUCGAAGCCAUGUAACGAGACCCCGCACCCCUCGCUCAGACCAGCCCCCAUUGCGCUUCUCAGCAAAACAGCGGCAUCCGCCGCUCUCUCCGCGCCGCUCGCCGCCCCCCGCGCUCCGUGGCCAGAUUCCGUCCGCGCUCGAUGUGAGCGAAGAGACCCCAAAGCGCCCUCCGAAGCCUUUUUUUUUUUUUUACGCAAAAUCGGUACAAAGCUUUUUUACGCGCGAUUGACAUCACAAAAUGAACGGUGCCCCACUAGGUACCGCCGAACCCGAGCUCUUUGACAAAGAGGUUCAAUGGAGCCAACUGGGUUUGGAUCCGCGCAUUGAACGCGCCGUCAAAAAAAUCGGCUGGUCAAGCCCGACUCUCGUGCAGAGCAAGUCCAUUUCAUUUGCUCUGCAAGGAAAAGACGUCUUGGCAAAGGCUCGCACGGGUUCCGGCAAGACGGCCGCCUACCUGAUCCCAAUCAUCCAGAAUAUUAUCUCGCUUAAAGAGAGCCCAAAUCCAGAAGUCUGCAUUCGAUCGCUCGUACUGGUCCCGACUCGCGAGUUGUGUCAGCAAGUGAGCGAAGUCGUCGGUGUCUUGACCCGCUAUUGCCGCCACUUGGUGAAAUGUAUCUACCUAGCGUCGGACUUGGCCGUCGAGGCUCAAAAAAUCAGAAUCAACAGUUCUCCGGACAUCGUCAUCGCGACUCCCGGAAGACUGGUACAACAUCUAGAGCAAGAUAACAUCGACUUGAGAAACCUGAAAUACGUCGUGGUGGACGAGGCGGAUUUGGUCCUGGCCUACGGGUACAAACAAGACAUUGAGCGAAUCAGUCAGUCUGUACCCAAAAUCUGUCAGGGGUUUUUGGCGUCUGCUACUCUGUCUUCCGAGGCCAGUGCAUUGAUGAAUCUCAUUCUUCACAACCCGGUCGUGUUGAAGUUGACUGAGUGCGUUGACAGCACAGGCCAUCUUGUACAGUAUUUUAUAGCUUCGGACAGCCUCAAGCGGUACUUCGAACUCUACGUGAUGUUGAAGUUGAAUAUGGUUUCUGGGAAGACGUUGAUUUUCGUCAAUUCGAUUAAGGAGUGCUAUCGGUUGAAGGUUUUUUUGCGCCGCCUGAGUUUUAGAGUGGCUGCCUUGAGCAGCGACUUGCCCGUCAACUCUCGCUACAGCAUGAUUCAGCAAUUCAACCAAGGAAAGUUCGAUUUGCUGAUUGCGACAGACGAGAUCAACGUCGGACUUGACAGCGAAGAAGCGUCGGACGGCCGCGAGGCGUCAACAAAUCGGGAGUCGGACGAACCGACGGGUGCUUCGGGCCCUCAGGAGAUCUCGGCACUGGACGGUUUUGACCGCGAGUGCUCCGAGAUUCACGCUCGACCUGACGAUGAGCGACGCGCCCAAUUUGACUCGGGGGAUGGUUGCCAAGGUUCCGAAGACGAUGGGCGGCAGCUCGAGGAAUGCUCUGUUGAAAGCGACCACGCACGUCGGGCUGUAGGCGCGGGUGAAUCCGCCGAGCUGUCGGAGCAGUUUUGCACCAGCUACAAAGACGCCCUCGACACCUUAUCGAUGAUCGAAGAGAAGGGUCGAAACAUUUCAGAGUCGUCUUUGAAGUUAGUCAAGGAGAAGCUCGAUUGCAUUCAAGACAGGCGUAUGAAAUUUCCUCAAUCUGAGCUACCCUAUGUUAGGGCGGAUGCCGAAUACGGUGUUUCUCGCGGUAUUGACUUUAAGUCGGUGAGCAACGUGAUCAACUUUGAUUUUCCCGCAUCUGUCAAGUCGUACGUUCAUCGAGUUGGCCGCACUGCGCGCGGGAAGCUCGAGGGCGUUGCUAUUUCUUUUUACACGCCUGAGGAUCAAGAGAUUUGUUCUCUGGUUGCGAAGCACCAAUCCGAGCACGGGUCGCCCGUCCACUCUUAUUCUGUAAAUUCUGGUCUCGUGGAGAGUUUCCGCUAUCGCGUUGAGCCCAUUGUCCAGGGUCUUACGAGGAGUGUGAUUAGGAAUGCUCGGUUCAAAGAGCUUAAGCGCGAGAUUUUGAACAACGAGAAGUUGGCAUCUUAUUUCAAGGAGCAUCCUCAAGAUCUGCAAGCAUUAUGUCAUGUCAACUCAAAGAAGCGCGCCCGAAAGAACACCCUGCACUUCAUCCCGGAUUACCUGCUUCCAAAAGAGCAGGUGAAGAGUUUAUCGCCCGUCGUAGUUUUGAACCGUCCCAAGCAGGCGGUGGCCGUUCCGAAGCGCAAGAAGAAGUUCCAAGAUCCGUUGGUGUCGUUCAAGUACAAGAAGAAGGCGUCCAAGUGCGACCUUGGCGGCGGCGCCAGAAAGGCGCCGUCCAAGGAGAGGAAGAGGUUGAGCGCGUUGUUCGGCGAGUGAGCGUCUCGAGGGCGGCGCCCGAGGGGGGGAGUGCGGGUGAUGCAGGAAAGUUGUUGUAUAAUGUGGUUUGAAUUUGGAAUAUUAUAUAUAUUAUAUAUACAUAAUAUGUAUGGUUUU